GUCUAUAGUACUAAUAAGAACUCACCAUGAUGUACUAUUUGGCUAUUGUACUUCCUCUUGUAUUUGCCCAAGUCCUUGCGGAUACACCAGUGACUCAAUGCGACAAAGGAGUUUUGCCCACUUCAGUAAUUGUAUCAAACGUUGGAAAAGAACCAUGUACUACGUCACCAUGCCCAAUAGAUCCAUCAGGUUCAAUUGAAAUGUAUUUGAACUUUACAACUCCUAUCUACAUGGAAAGUCCUUAUCAGCAAGUAUAUGUAGAUUUGUUGGGUAUGAAUUAUCCAUUUAUUGACCACGAUGGAUGCAAAAAUUUGCAAAACACCGUGUGUCCUCUUCCGGAAGGAGAAGAUGUUCAGUAUCAUUUUUCAAUGUCUUUGCCGUCUAAACUUCCUGAAGUAACAGUUGGCUUGAGAGUAUACUUACAGCCAGAUGAAAGUACUACAGAAGCAGCGGUGUGUUUUGGUGUCUCAGUUAAAAUCGUAUCUUAAAUUAAAUAACAAUUAAACGAAAAUUUACAUUUAAUGUUUUUAUUAAUACAUAAGUUUUUAAUUGCUCAUUAAAAAUAUAGUUUUAAAAAAUA